GGAGGGCAGGAAGCUGAGUCUAGGGGGCGGCUAGAGGGCAGAGCUGGCUGAGGGUACUGCUAACCUGGCAGGGCCAGGCUCUAGGGUGGGGAGGGGUGGGUGUGCCGGUCGCGGAGUCGAGAACCUCGCGGGACUCCGCGCCCUCCUCAACCCAGGUACAAGGGCUUUCGCGACACUCAGAGGAAUCUCACCCUCUUCUACUGGAAGCUGCUGGCUGUGCGUCUGGGCUUCAUCAUCACCUUCGAGCACGUGGUGUUCUUCCUGGGCGUCAUCGCCUGGCUCCUGCCCGACGUGCCAGCCUCCCUGGCUACCAAGAUAAAGCGCGAGCGUUACCUGGCCAAGCAGGCGCUGGAGGACGACAGGGAGGCGCUACUUUCGUGUCCUGCUCUAUGUGCAACGCUGACAAUAAUCCUCUCUGCGCCCCAGCGUGCCACCUCUCCAUGGACAUCUGGUCCCCAACCACUCUAUGCAGUGUCUCCUCAUUAUGUGACUGUGCUCUGGGGGGCGAAGUGGAUAUGAAGGAGUGAAGGGACCUAACCUUUCUGAACUGAAUGGCCAGCGGUUGGUAAGGGAGAGCUCAUUAGGGUCUGGGCGUGGACCUCCUGCCCUGUAUGCUCAUCAAGACCUGUAGUGUGUCAAUAGUAAUGAAAGUGUCUAUAGUUAGGUCAGCUGAGACACCUCCCAAUGGACUUCCACACACUUUUCACCAGAUCCUCCCCAAAGCCUGGUGAGGCAGUACUGGGCAGUAGUUAAGGGCACAGAUUGGUGGUGGAGUCACAGACCUGGGUCUGAAUAUGAAUUCUGACUUUUAUUUGCUGUGUGACCUUGGGCAAGUUCAAUUUCAUCAUUUGUAAGAUAGGGACUUCAUAGAACUGAUGAGAGAUUUAAAUGGGAUAAUGUACUUAACAUGUACAAGUCUCAUGUCCUCAUCUGGUAACUAGGAGCAGUAACAGUAUCUGUCUGGGUUGUGGGGGAUAUUAAAUGAUUAUUUAUGUGAAGUGCUCAGAACAGUGCCUGGCACACAGUGAGUGUACAAUAAGGGUUGUUAAGCAACGUGAGUAUUAGUAUUUGUAUACAUCUUCAUAUUAAGUGUCUGGCAAUUACCAAUUGCUCAAAUAAAUGGCAUGCGAAGGGGAUUCCCUGUGGUCCAUUAGGACUCCGGCGCUUUCACUGCCAGGGCGGGGGGUUCAAUUGCUGGUCGGGGAACUAAGAUUCCACAAGCCUCACUGCGUGGCCAAAAAAAAAAAAAGAAGGCAUGCGAAGAUUGCAUACCACUGGGGUAUUUGAAUUUUUUUUUAACAUCUUUAUUGGAGUAUAAUUGCAUUACAAUGGUGUAUUAGUUUCUGCUGUAUCACAAAGUGAAUCAUCUAUAUGUAUACAUAUAUUCCCCUAUCCCCUCCCUCUUGCAUCUCCCUCCCACCCUCCCUAUCCCACCCCUCUAGGUGGUCACAAAGCACAGAGCUGAUCUCCCUGUGCUAUGUGGCUGCUUCCCACUAGCAGUUUUACAUUUGGUAGUGUAUAUAUGUCCAUGCCGCUCUCACUUCGUCCCAGUUUACCCUUCCCCCUUCCCGUGUCCUCAAGUCCAUUCUCUACAUCUGCGUCUUUAUUCCUGACCUGCCCCUAGGUUUUUCAGAACCUCUUUUUUUUUUUAGAUUCCAUAUAUAUGUGUUAGCAUACGGUAUUUAUUUUUCUCUUUCUGACUUACUUCACUCUGUAUGACAGACUCUAAGUCCAUCCACCUCACUACAAAUAACUCAAUUUCGUUUCUUUUUAUGGCUGAGUAAUAUUCCAUUGUAUAUAUGUGCCACAUUUUCUUUAUCCAUUCGGGACAUUGAAUUGGUUUUUUGAGGGCUCAUUCAGUGUGGACUAGAGCCUGGGAAGUCUGGUGGAGGAGGCUGUUGGAGAUGGUGAGGGUGGGUCAUUACAGGUAGCAGGGGAGGAUAGAUCAUUCAUGAGGAGCUGUGAUGCUGGGAGGAUGGCCAGGAUGGUGCCAGGUGUGUCACAUCACUGGCUUUCACGAUUUCCGUCUCCCAACCAUAGAGAUGAGUGAUCCCUUUAUAGAUGCUGUAGCAGGCUCAGAGAGGAUCAACACACUGCAGAGUUCUCAGGAUCCCUGAGGAGACCAAGGCUUGGGAGUUUCUCUGCAAAACUCCCAGGAUGCUCCCCAGCCCCAAGAAGCCCCCUGAGCACAUCUCACAUUUGGGAAGCUCCAGAAGAGGGGUGACCUGUCUGUCCCCUGGGAGGAAAAGCAGUGCCUCCCCCAUCUUUAGGAUGUCGGUCUGGGGUCCUUCAGAGCCUCUCCUGGGCAUAGGACUCCCAUUGUUCCAGCCCCCCUCUUGUACCUCAGACUGGCCAAACCGGUUCUGGGAAAGGGGGGCGGGGAGCAGGCACGUUGAGACAGCCGCCUGCCCGCCCGCGAGGUUCCCUCCGCCCUUGCCUCCCCUUCUCCCUGCCCCACACAAUACCCGGGAGCUUGCAUUGCCUGGCUCAGGGGCCAUGCUGACAUCGCCCCCUGAGGACCCGGCUGCAUCCCCAGAGCUCUCAGGGUGUCCUGGAGCCCUGGACCGUGCUGGAGGCUGGACGGAGCUCCCUGGCUGAGGCCCAGGUGGGUGGCAGAGCAAAGGAGGAAUGGACUGUGGGCCACCUCCCGCCCUCCAGUCCCAUCUGGCUGGGCCACCUGGCACUGCCCACCGCCCAGUAGCUGUGUGCCAGCAGGAGAGUCUGUCCUUUGCGGAGUUGCCCACCCUGCAGCCCCCGAGCCCUGUGUGUCUGGAUCUCUUCCCCGUCGCUCCAGAGGAGCUGCAGGCACCUGGCAGCCGCUGGUCUCUGGGGACCCCUGCUCCUCUCCAAGGGCUGCUAUGGCCACCAUCCCCAGGAGGCCCAGACACCGAGAUCUCUACCGGUGGGGGAAUGCGGCCCAGCAGGGCUGGCAGCUGGCCACACUGUCCUAGUGCCCAGUCCCCAGCUCUGGAGGGACCCUGGAGUUCCCAGCACCUACAGCCACAGCGUCGGGCCAGCCACGGCUCGGAGAAGAAGUCAGCCUGGCGCAAGAUGCGGGUGUACCAGCAAGAAGAGGCCCUUGGCAGCCCUGAGGCCCAUGCUGUCUUCCUAGAGCCAAGCCAGGCGACAGAACAGGCCCUGAGAACAGCAGAGCCUAGGCCGCUGGAGCUGCCUGGGCCCACCCGAGUGGGCCUCGAGGGGCCUGAGCGGAGGCGCUUCUCAGCCUCUGAGCUGAUGACCCGGUUGCACUCUUCCCUGCGCCUGGGACGGAAUUCGGCAGCCAGGGCACUGACCCCAGGGUCAGGCCCUGGAGCUGCUGCCCGGGAAGGGAAAGCGUCUGGAAGAGAGUCGCGCAGUGUAGAGAUGCGGGUGGACGCUACGGCGAUGCCGGCUCUUGUUGACCUGAGCGGGGGCCACGGCAGCUGGCCCGAGCCCAGGCUAGAUGCGCAGGAAGAGCCGGCUCCGGGUUCCAGAAGCGCCAGCGAGCGGCGCCAGUCACGGUUCCUCCUUAACUCGGUCCUCUACCAGGAAUAUAGCGACGUGGCCAGCGCCCGCGAACUGCGGCGGCAGCAGCGCGAGGAGGAGGGUCCGGGGGACGAGGCCGAGGGCGCGGAGGAGGGGCCCGGGCCGCCGCGCGCCAACCUCUCCCCGAGCAGCUCCUUCCGGGCGCAGCGCUCGGCGCGAGGCUCCACCUUCUCGCUGUGGCAAGACAUCCCCGACGUGCGCGGCAGCGGCGUCCUGGCUACGCUGAGCCUGCGCGACUGUAAACUGCAGGAGGCCAAAUUUGAGCUGAUUACGUCCGAGGCCUCAUACAUCCACAGCCUGUCGGUGGCCGUGGGCCACUUCUUAGGCUCGGCCGAGCUGAGUGAGUGUCUGGGGGUGCAGGACAAGCAGUGGCUGUUCUCCAAACUGCCCGAGGUCAAGAGCACCAGCGAGAGGUUCCUACAGGACCUGGAGCAGCGGUUGGAGGCCGAUGUCCUGCGCUUCAGCGUGUGCGAUAUUGUGUUGCACCACUGUCCGGCCUUCCGCCGCGUCUACCUGCCCUAUGUCACCAACCAGGCCUAUCAGGAGCGCACCUACCAGCGGCUGCUCCUGGAGAACCCCAAAUUCCCCAGCAUCCUGGCUCGCCUGGAGGAGUCUCCCGUGUGCCAGCGUCUGCCCCUCACCUCCUUCCUCAUCCUGCCGUUUCAGAGGAUCACCCGCCUCAAGAUGCUGGUGGAGAACAUCCUGAAACGGACAGCACAGGGUUCAGAAAACGAAGACAUGGCCACCAAGGCCUUCAACGCACUCAAGGAGCUGGUGCAAGAGUGCAAUGCCAGUGUGCAGUCCAUGAAGAGGACGGAGGAGCUCAUCCACCUGAGCAAGAAGAUCCACUUUGAGGGCAAGAUCUUCCCGCUGAUCUCGCAGGCCCGCUGGCUGGUUCGGCACGGGGAGCUGGCGGAGCUGGCCCCGCUGCCCGCGGCACCCCCUUCCAAGCUGAAGCUAUCCAGCAAGGCGGUCUACCUGCACCUCUUCAACGACUGCCUGCUGCUCUCCCGGAGGAAGGAGCUGGGGAAAUUCGCUGUCUUCGUCCACGCCAGGAUGGCUGAGCUGCAGGUGAAGGACCUAAGCCUGAAGCUCCAGGGCAUCCCUGGCCACGUGUUCCUCCUUCAGCUCCUCCAUGGGCAGCACACUAAGCACCAGUUCCUGCUGAGGGCCCGGACAGAAAGUGAGAAGCAGCGAUGGAUCUCAGCCAUGUGCCCCUCUACCCCCCAGGAGGACAGGGAGGUCAUCAGCGAGGGGGAAGACCGCCCCCAGGUUCAGUGUGUCAGGACAUACAAGGCACUGCAGCCAGACGAGCUGACCUUGGAGAAGACUGACAUCCUGGCAGUGAGGACCCGGACCAGUGAUGGCUGGCUGGAGGGGGUCCGCCUGGCAGAUGGUGAGAAAGGGUGGGUGCCCCAGGCCUACGUGGAAGAGAUCAGCAGCCUCAGUGCCCGCCUCCGAAACCUCCGGGAAAAUAAGCGGAUCACAACUGCCGCCAGCAAACUGGGGGAGCCCGUGUGAUGGGCAGCCAUGGCCUGGGACACCUGCUCCACACCCGGCUCCUGGACAGGCCUGGAGGGGGCCUGCAGUGUCUCCAUGCCCCAAGAUGCUGGCACUGGGACUUCUGUUCCGAGACCUAGCAUUGAGAGUACAGGCUGGACACAGGAGGGGCUCUCCCCUGUCAUACUACUCAGUGUCCACAAUUCAGGGACGAGGGUAGUUUCUUCCUCUGGCUUGGGGGCCACAACUUGUGACCUCUGAUAUCUGGCAAGGGCUGGGGCCCUCUCCCUUUCCUGCCCUCGACACUGCCUGACUCUUGGUCCCUCUGGCAGGGACCUGGCUGGCAAUGGCUGUGGUGCUGCUGGGUACUGGGACCUGUACAUGUAUAUAUAUCUGGAGUCUUCUGGCCUGAGCCUGUGUGGGCCCUGGUUGCUGUGACCUGUCUGUAAAUAAAGUCCCAUAAUGCCUUU